GCCCGCGCCCCGCGCCGCCCGCCCGCCAUGGAACCCGGCCCCGACGGCCCCGCCGCCUUCGGCCCCGCUGACAUCCACGAGGGCUGGUUCCGCGAGACGUGCAGCCUGUGGCCCGGCCAGGCCCUGUCGCUGCAGGUGGAGCAGCUGCUACACCAUCAGCGCUCGCGGUACCAGGAUAUCCUUGUCUUCCGCAGUAAGAGCUACGGCAACGUGCUGGUGUUGGACGGCGUCAUCCAGUGCACGGAGCGGGACGAGUUCUCCUACCAGGAGAUGAUAGCCAACCUGCCCCUUUGCAGCCACCCCAACCCUCGCAAGGUGCUGAUCAUCGGGGGUGGGGAUGGAGGUGUCCUGCGGGAGGUGUUGAAGCAUUCCUCCGUGGAGUCUGUGGUCCAGUGUGAGAUUGACGAGGAUGUCAUCCAGGUCUCUAAGAAGUUCCUGCCGGGCAUGGCUGUGGGCUACUCUAGCUCCAAGCUGACCCUACACGUGGGCGACGGUUUCGAGUUCAUGAAACAGAACCAGGAUGCCUUCGAUGUCAUCAUCACUGACUCCUCAGACCCUAUGGGCCCUGCAGAGAGUCUCUUCAAGGAGUCCUAUUACCAGCUCAUGAAGACGGCCCUCAAGGACAAUGGUGUCCUCUGCUGCCAGGGUGAGUGUCAGUGGCUGCACCUGGACCUCAUCAAGCAGAUGCGGCAGUUCUGCAAGUCGCUGUUCCCCGUGGUGGCCUACGCCUACUGCACCAUCCCCACCUACCCCAGCGGCCAGAUAGGCUUCAUGCUGUGCAGCAAAAAUCCUAGCACCGACUUCCGGAAGCCCGUGCAGCAGCUGACGCAGAAACAGGUGGAGCAGAUGCAGCUGAAGUACUACAACUCCGACGUGCACCAGGCCGCCUUCGUCCUGCCUGAGUUUGCGCGCAAGGCCCUGAAUGAUGUGAGCUGAGCCCAGGCGCUGCCACCGCCGCCCAGGACCUCAGGCCGGGGAGCCCCCGGGGCGCCUGGGCGCAGCAAGCCCUGGAUAAGAACCCCCCGCCCCGCCGGUGUGCCCACCAAGCAAGUGUUACAGGCCCCAGAAUGCUGCCCGGGCUGCCCCGCCGGGCGGACUGUCUGUCUCUCUGUUGGCGUGGCGUCCGGCCUCCAAGCCUCCACCAGCUGUGUACAGCGCCUUCACCUUCUGUCCCCUCACUCACCAAACACGUGUAUUUAUAACAAAUUCCGAA